AUGGAUUACCUGCUGGGGAUUGUAGUUCUGCUGUGCGGGGUGGUGCAGCCUGGAAGAGGAGUUGAGCCCAAGCACAACGUACCCAGACUAAAGCUGUCAUACAAGGAAAUGUUAGACUCCAGUAACCUCAUCACCUUCGAUGGGAUAGCCAACAGCUCAAGCUACGACACUUUCCUACUGGAUGAGGAGCGAGGGAGGCUACUGGUCGGAGCAGAGGACCACAUCUUUUCCUUUGAUCUCGUCAAUAUCAACAGGGACCACAAACAGAUUGCAUGGCCUGCCACCCCUUCGAAGAGGGAUGAAUGCAAGUGGGCAGGAAAAGACCUUGGGAAAGAGUGCUCAAACUUCAUUCGGGUCCUUCAGCCGUACAACCAAACCCAUCUGUACAUCUGUGGCACAGGCGCCUUCCACCCAAUCUGUUCUUAUCUGGAGAUGGGCAAGAGGGCAGAGGACAACAUCUUUCGACUGGCCUCGCUAUUUGAGAACGGCCGCGGGAAAAGCCCCUAUGACCCCAAAAUGCUCUCAGCCUCGCUUCUGAUUGAUGGAGAGCUGUACUCUGGUACUUCUGCUGAUUUCAUGGGAAGGGACUUCGCUAUAUUCCGUACACUUGGGGAUCAUCACCCAAUCAGAACGGAGCAGCAUGAUUCAAGAUGGUUGAAUGAUCCCAGGUUUAUAAACGUGCACCUGAUCCCUGAGAGCGACAACCCCGAAGACGACAAGAUCUUCCUGUUUUUCAAAGAGAACGCCAUGGAUGGAGAGCACACCGGGAAGGCUACCAUUGCCAGGAUAGGACAACUGUGUAAGAACGACAUGGGAGGCCACAGGAGCCUCGUAAACAAGUGGACGACUUUCCUCAAAGCCCGGCUCAUGUGUUCGGUCCCCGGGGUCAAUGGCAUCGACACACACUUCGAUGAACUACAGGACGUGUUUCUCAUGAGCUCCAAAGACCCAAAGAAUCCAGUUAUCUAUGCUGUGUUCACCACAUCCAGUAACAUAUUCAAAGGCUCAGCUGUGUGUAUGUACAACAUGGCAGACAUCAGGAGGGUUUUUCUGGGCCCUUACGCUCACAGAGAUGGACCCAACUAUCAGUGGGUGCCCUUCCAAGGGAGGGUGCCCUACCCUCGGCCUGGCACUUGCCCCAGCAAGACGUUUGGAGGGUUUGACUCCACUAAGGACCUCCCAGAUGAUGUUAUAACAUUUGCCAGGGGUCACCCAGCUAUGUACAACCCAGUGCACCCGAUUGGGGGACGCCCAAUCAUGGUGCGGACAGAUGUGGAGUACCAGUUUUCUCAACUGGUGGUGGACAGAGUAGAAGCAGAGGACGGGCAGUACGACGUCAUGUUCAUCGGAACAGACAUGGGAACAGUGCUAAAGGUGGUGACAAUUCCCAGAGAGAGCUGGCAUGACCUCGAGGAGGUUGUACUGGAGGAGAUGACUGUCUUUAGGGAACCCACAACCAUCACUGCUAUGGAGCUGUCCACAAAGCAGCAACAGCUGUACCUUGGCUCAGCCCUGGGUGUGUCACAGAUGUCUCUGCACCGUUGUGAGGUGUAUGGGAAAGCUUGUGCCGAAUGCUGCCUGGCCCGAGAUCCGUAUUGCGCCUGGGACGGUGCAGAGUGCUCGAGAUACUUCCCUACCGCCAAGAGGAGAACCAGGCGGCAAGACAUCAGAAAUGGGGAUCCUCUUUCUCAAUGCUCAGAUCUUCAGCACCACGAUGAAACGGACGGCAUUGCUGGCAGUGUGGAGGACAAAAGUGUGUUUGGUGUGGAGAACAGCAGCAUGUUUCUGGAGUGCAGCUCCAAGUCUCAGAGAGCGCUCAUCUACUGGCAGCUGCAGAGGCCCAACGACGAUCGCAAGCAGGAGAUUAAAGUGGACGACAGGGUGCUACGUACAGAUCAGGGCCUGCUGAUCCGCAGCCUGAGUCAGUCUGACACAGGGGUCUACCACUGCCAGGCUGUGGAACACGGCUUCAUUCAGCCCCUGCUGCGCCUCAGCCUUCAGGUCAUCCCCACCCAGAAACUGGGUGACAUUCUACCCGGACUUUCCGGUGCGGGGGGUGGCUUAGGUCACUCAGCCAAGCACAGGGUGUGGUACAGAGACUUCCUGUCUCUCUUAGACCACCCAGAGCUGAACAGUGUGGAGGAGUUUUGCGACAGAGUUUGGAAGAAAGAGCGCAAACAGAAGAGGGUGAAGAGUCCUAACGGCAAUGGUCAGGGCAAACCUGACGGCGGUCCAAGCUCCAGCUCUGCAAUACGGCCUAAAGCUCUGGCCCCCACUGCUCAGAAGCAGCACGCCAGUCCCCCACACGGCAGGCCGUGGCUUCAGGCCGGAGCUCCAACUGAGGAGGGGCCGACACGGAGCCAAAAUGCACAGAAAGGUCAAACAAAUAUGGGUCUGCUCAGCAGCCAAACUCCUAAGAGCAAUCAGAAGACACAAAACGGCCAGAAGGUGCAGAGCGGCCUGGCUGCUUCCCAGGCUGCAGGGGGAUCUCGGGUGAGCAGCCAGCACACGGCUAAGUGGAGACGGAUGCAGGAAAAUAAGAAGGGACGCAACAGGAGGACCCACGAGCUCCAAAGACCCCCCCGUAGUGUUUGAGAAAAAAGUGCAGAUAUGCACAGAUUCAGCGAGAUCUACAUCCACACAUACAAGCACAAAGUCAUGCGUCCACAUGAAUACGUGAAACUCAUGCUAUAAGUUGUGAAAUCGGUGACCUCUUCAUGACAGCAGCCAGAACAAAAGAAAACCAUCAUGCACAGUUUUUAGGCAAAAAUACCAGAAUUUCAUUCAUGUAACAAAAAUAAAACUCUCAUUCAAAAGACGCACAUAAAUGCACACAACCUGUGAAGACAAAGAUGAUCAGAGGACUUAAAAACUGGAAUGCAAACUGUAAAUGUGUGGGGAUGUGGCUCGUUGCCUAGGAUACCGCUUGGCAAACUCAUCAGCCUCCUCCUGUAUAUAAGCUACUAAAAUAAGACUGGGACAGAAAUGUUUAGUUAAGUAUUUGUCAGCGAGCAAAAAGGACUUAUUGUGCUGAGAGGACAGAUGUGGAGACAUGGAUAGAUUCAUGGAAAUGUAUGGAGGCAGACGUUAUACUGUCCUGUGUGACCUGAGCAUGUGAACUAGUAUACAUGGAAUUGGAUUAAGAACUCUUUUUUUGAGGAGUUGUUUGAGGAGAAAAUCUAGUCAUCUAGUCUUUCAUGAUGAGCACAGCAACGGCGCCCUUAAUGGAGGGAAGAGGAGGGGCGCGGUGGACCGUGGCGUGCACAUGGCUUGCAUCUGCGACUUUCAUUGCGUUCUGUGAGAAAUGGGAGUAUUGUUACACGAAAAAAGAAAAAGCUAAGUCAUGCCACUCUACAGAUCAAGUACUUGAUCGUGACCUUCUCCACUGAGGCUGGGAAAGCAUUGUGCAUGUUGUUGUCAAUCAAUGUUUUAAUAAGCUAAUUAUUUUAUAGAACACCACGGGCUUUUUGUUCUUCCUCCUCUUUUUUUUCAUGGUUAUAUUUUUUUCGCUCAUAUUUACUUUCUUUUCCAAACCUUUGCUUUAGUUUUGGGGGCAAACAUUGCAGGCAGCAUAGUAGCCGUUAUUUUUGUGCAUAAUCCCCCUCUGCUCCCGAGAAUUCUCUGUAACUUAUUAUGUUGAUGCUUACUCUGGGAUUUACCGAAUUUGGACACAAGUCCCAGUUUCAGGUAUGCUUAAAAAUACACCAGUCUGAAACAGGGCUGCAACUUGUUUUGUGUACAUAUAUACAACAAUCUUAACUCUGUGUAUAUACAGUACAUAUACAGUACAAAAGCACCAUUUGAUGAUUAUUUAUUGCUCAUUGUUUUGUGAAAAGGUUGCAUUUAUUUUUGAUAUUAUGAUAUUUUUGGCUCAUCAGUAUAUUGGAGAAACCAUGGCAACAGUGACAAAAAUGCUUUGAUGGACCAACAGAGUUAGAAUUAAGUCAAACUUUCCUCUUUUCGGGGAUGUAUAGGCUGAUAGAGUUUCGAAUCAUGGCCGCAGGGGUUUCUGCCUUCAUUACCCACAUUUUUGACAACGAUAAGCACAAUUUUGUCUCUUUUUGCCUUUCAUAGCGACUCUUUUCAUCAUGCUUUCCUUUUAUCCAGAUCCAUCCAACAGGUCUUCUUUUCAUCCAGUAGCUAUUACGUGUAAGAUAAUUCCCCAAACAGAAAAAAACAUUAGCUGUGAAUCUCUGUAAGAAAUAGUGGAGAAAAAUGUUAAAUCUAGUCUGAGGAGAAGACACAUUAUACUGCAUGUGAAUGCUUCCGACAGUAAGUGCAUCUUUUCUAUUGUCUUUUUAUGUGUUUUGUGUGAGAGGUAAGAUUCCCUCAAUUAAAGCAAAGUGUGAAUUAUGUUUUGUCCUUUUGCCAAAACAGUGAUAUUAACAACGUAUACUCUGGCCAAAGCUGUUGAAGAUCCAAGCUCCUUUAUCUUUGAUUCAACAACGGCACCUCCCGUUCCCCCCACUCCUCAAUAUCUGACAAGAAUAAUGUGUCAGUGCAAUAAAUUAGAGCAGAAAGUGUUCCAACACUCAGGAGUUUGUCUCCCCGUCAAGAGUAAGAAAUAUGAGAGAGCAGCGAGUAACCACAGCUGUAACACAGCUCUUUCUGGCAUGCAUACAGUUGUCUAAAUAAACAUCUCCGUUACAAAAAACAAAAUGUUGCUUGUUCUCAUUUCUGACAUAAUCCUUCUAUACACAGUAUACUCACUUUUUCACUAAGGGUCCAACUUGUACAGGGCGGCACAGCAAGAGCAAUCUGGGUCCAAGUCCUU